AUGGGCACGAUCGAGGCUGUUCCUGCGGAGUAUCCACCAGAAAUCACUGGUUAUGCUGAGCUGUGGAUAGUCAGCCCCGGCGAAAAGGUCGAUAUCAAGGUCUCCUGCACGGAGCCAGAAUAUUCUUAUGGCACGGUGCGAGUGAUUCAAGGAGUGGACCUGCCACACUCACCCAAGCGAGGAUUUGAGCAAGUAACUGCCAUCGCAACUUGGAUGUCCAAGGGCAGGUUCCAAGUUGCGCGAAGUGGAUCAUAUGCACUGAUUAGAGAAUGGAUUCACUUACCAAUCAUUGACGGCUUCGAUGUCUCUUUGUCCUUUCAACCUCAUAUUGCAGGGUCAGGUACUCACCGCCAGCAACGCAUUAUCUCCACCCUUGAUGUACCUCUCAAAAGUGGAUUUGCGGUACUGAUCAACUCGGAAGGCUUGAUAGAAAUCUGGGUUGGCACUAGUGGGACAGUGAGUGCGUUACAAACCAACUUCGCUCCCAGCUACAAGAGAUGGGCUAGACUUCAAUUGAGUUUUCCAGCAUCUAGUGCUGUAUCCAUAUCUCUGGAUCCGAUUCCAUAUGUCGCUGAAAAGCGCCACCGGCUCAGGCCGCAAUCCGUGCUAGCGCUUGCCGGAAGCUACGCCGAAGCGCCAACGAAGGAGUCUUCCCGGGUUACGAACUUCUUCAAUGGACGCAUUGACAGCCCCAUGAUCAAGUCUUUGAAGACAUGCACCCUUGUCCAGUAUGACUUUGGAUGCAAUAUACCUGAAGACACAAUUCUUGAUAUCUCAGGGCGGGGCAUCAUGGAAUUCUGGUCCAAUGCUCCAGCACGAGGGGUGCGUGGGCACAACUGGGGUGGUACCGAAGUCGAUUGGACAGAAGCGAGAUAUGGCUAUGGCGCCAUUCAUUUCCACGAAGACGAUCUGGGUGACGCGGCUUGGGAGACAGACUUGACAAUUCAACUUCCCACCACGGCGAGGUCGGGGAUAUAUGCAGUCGAGGUACUGGCCACAGCUUCACAGAGGGCAAGUCUAUAUCCGAUAUGA